CUGGACUAAGGAAUUGUUGUGCAGCUUACUGCCAACAAUACCUAGUCUUCAGCGAGUCCAGCCCUCCUUCUUCAGCAUUACCUUUCCUGCUUAGGGCCCCCACCUCCUCCCUUCUCAUAAACCCUGCCUAAUGCAAAUAAGCCAAUGAAUCCCGGCUGUACCCUCGAUGACCGACCCUCCGAAACACAAAUAGAAAAAAAAGGCCAAGGAAAGGAGGAUCGCCCCGGCGCUGAAAAUCACACCUUAUCCUUUUCUGAUGUAUUAAAAAGCUUACAUCCUACUCCGGGCUUCCGGUCCAUGCUGUGUUUAUUUGUUGUUGGUGCUAUUGCUGUUGCUACUUGUUAGCCAGCCAUGUCGAUGGCUUCGCCAACGCCGCUGCCUUCGGGGGUGAGUCCUCCUCUUACGACGGAUAAUGAGGAUAAUCAUGGCGCGUUGAUCGUGAUCAUGACCUCGUUUACCUUGGUUUUGGUACUAUCUUCUCUGGCGGCUCGCAUCUAUUCUGCGGCUCAGAGACAUAUCUUCCAACGAGAUGAUCUUCUAUUUGGCAUACUUGUGAUUGUAGCAUUUGUUCAAAUCGCGGUGGUACUUUCCCAAGUGCAUCAAGGCUGGGGAGUUCGGACAGAUUUUCUCACUGUCACAGAUGAGCCUAUGCUCAAGACCGCAUAUGCGGCAGAGAUCCUCUCAGUGCUGGUCCUAGGCUUUUCAAAAAUCACCUCCAGCCUAUUCUACGAAACUCUCUUCUCACAGAUGAACCUUCGGCUCAUUCGGAGCAUUCUCGGUGUGAUGAUUAUUUGGACGAUUCUGUCUGUGAUACUACUGGCUGUUCGCUGCAGCGAUAAGCCCUGGUACGAUAUCAGUGCUGCUCAGUGCAGUACUUUGUUCCCCCGCUGGAUCGCAAUUACAGUCUUUGAUAUCGUCACUGAGAUCCUGCUAUUUCUAUACGCUGGACUCGCCAUCCACAAAAUCCAAAUAUCAUUGCAGAAGAAGCUGAUGGUGGGAGUCACCUUGGAAAGUCGAGUCUUACUGAUUCCCCUCGCCGCCAUUCGACUCUACUACGUAAACAAACAAAUCAUCUCCGACGACCCAAUCCUCCUCGGCGCAUACUCCACCAUCACAACCGAGAUAUACAUCGCCAUCUGCGUCGUCUGCCUCAUAUCCGCAUUUCUCAAAUCCUUCAUCGCCGUAUUCGAGGACAAAAAUGGCCUCUCCUAUACAGACGGGACGUCCGGGUCUCGGCCAAAGUCGAAGCAAUUCGCCUCGGGAAAUACGGCAUCUGCAUCGAAUAAGAUGGGACCACAUAGUUCGGCGAGUGCAGAUCGGUUGAAAGGGUGGGAGCGGGAGGAAGAUCCGAUUCUUGAUCAGGCUGAUGGGCGAGGCUUGCAUAUCUUGAAAACGGUGCAUUUGGAUGUGACAGAUGAAUCAAUAGAAUUGGCUGAGCAGGGGAAUGCGAGAACAAGUUCACCCGGGUGAAUGUGUUGGGAUUUUCCGGUUUGAAUGUUAAUACAUAAUAUAACUAAUGAAUAGAAUGGACCAGUUAGACUGGGAGAUUUCAG